AUGGCCGCCAAAACUCAAUUAAGCACCCUCCCCGCCGUCGUCCAGGAGCGCGGCGUCAUCGGCAGCCGGGUCCACACCAUCCGGAACCUCGCCGUGUCGGCGGCGCUUGUCCAAUCGAGCCGGCGGGUCGACUCCGAACAAGAAGAGGAGGAGGAGGAGGAGGAGGAUGGGACGAGGGUGGUCUCGAACUGGGACUCGUACAUGUUCCAGGGCAUUGCGCGCUUCGAGAACCUGCGGCGCGUCGACGUCGUGUUUGGGCCCGUGCCGAUGGAGACGCGAUGCGAUGGUUACAAGACGGAUAGGGACUGCUGGGCAGCAGCCGCGGCCCGGGAACAGGUCGGGGAGCCGUACACCGGUCGGUCAGGUCAUACUCACGGGCAUGUACGACGUGCCGGAGCUACGGCUGGUGGAGGAGGAGACCCGGGGGUGGGGCCUCGAGACUACUGGGGCAUCGGCGGACGAGGACUAGGACCGAGACCUAGGAGUCGUCAAGAAGAUAUUGGACAAGGGCAAGAGGAUGCGACAACAGCGGCGCCGGGAGGACAACAACAACAACAACAACAAAAACGCGUCGCCGAGGUUGUCCACCGGGACAAAGAUUUGUCUAAAGUCACAUUCUACGCCGCACGCAUGGUCGAGACGGCGAGGUUCCGGGGCCGGACGAUUCGCAAGUCCUUUCCUCCGAGGUACUUUUCCGAACAUGACAGUAACGACGAGUUCGAGUCGCUAAGCAGUCAUGGGCUGCUGCCGACUAGGAAAAAGCGUCUCGUCGUAUAA